AUGGAGCAAGAUUCUUUACCCAGCAGUGAUGCUUUUACCAUUCGCCAUGAUGAACAGAACAAAUGCAUACAAGUGAAAAACUCACGGAUAGUGAUAGAUGACUGCAGAGAGACAAGGGAAGCUUUAUGGAAAUGGGUGUCCCGGAAUCGCCUCUUUCACUUGGGGUCCAAGCAGUGCCUGGGACUUGAUAUAUUCACCAAAUUGCCAUCUCGCCUAAAAAUGGUUGAUUGUAACUCGGAAUUAAUGCUGUGGUGGCGAUGUGCUGAUGGUUCUGUUGUUGGAGCAUCUCAGUACAAACUAACUAUCAAGAAUACCUAUGUAACUGCAAGCAUAAAUGCCACAGACCAGUGGAGAAGCAGCAAUUCCUCCAGUGAUAUAUGUCAGUAUUCUUAUCAUGAGGUUUAUACCAAAGAUGGAAACUCAUAUGGAAAACCCUGUGAGUUCCCCUUUCUGUAUAAUAAGACAUGGCACCAUGACUGCAUUCAGGAUGAAACGCAUGUGGGUGGGAAAUGGUGCGCCACGUCUGAAGAUUAUGCUCGCGAUGGAAAAUGGGGAAUCUGCUUACAACCAGAGGAUGGUUGUCGUGAUAUCUGGGAACACGAUCCAGAGUCUGGAAAUUGCUACCAGUUUAAUACACAGUCUGCUCUUUCUUGGAAGGAAGCUUAUAUUUCCUGUCAAAGGCAAGGGGGAGAUCUGCUUAGCAUCCAAGAUGCAUCUGAAUUAAGUUACAUACAAGCCAAGGAUGACAUUGCUGAGAUCUUUUGGAUUGGGUUAAAUCAACUGGACGUUUCUGGAGGUUGGCAGUGGUCAGAUCACAAACCUUUGAAUUUUCUCAACUGGCAUCCAGAUAUGGAGAGUUUGACUCCACUGGAUGGGACUAGUUGUGUGAUGAUGAAUGCUGCUUCAGGUCAGUGGCGGAGUUACCAUUGUGGGACUCAACUUCCAUAUACUUGCAAGAAGCCGUUCAAGCAAGGUUCAACCCUCCCAGAGUUUUGGACACACCGGGAUACUCGCUGUGAUUCGGGCUGGCUUCCCUACGAUGGCUCUUGCUACAUGCUGAUAAAUGACCAGGCACCUUGGAGUACAGCAGAUGAGUUGUGCAAAGCAAAUAAGAGUAACCUCAUCAGCAUACACUCAUUAGCAGAUGUGGAACUGGUUGUUACAAAGCUUCAUAAUGAUGCUGAAGAAGAAAUAUGGAUGGGUCUCAGGAAUGGAGAUGUGCCAACCUUGUUCAAAUGGUCAGAUGACUCAGCUGUGGUUUUUACAUAUUGGGAUCAGAAUGAGCCCAAAGUUCCUUUUAAUAGCACUCCUAACUGUGUGUCAUAUUCAGGGAAGCUGGGGCAGUGGAGAGUCAAAUCCUGUGAAGAAAAAUUGAAAUAUGUUUGCAAGAAAAAAGGAGAGAUUUUGAAUGAAACAAAAUCAGAUCUAAGUUGUCCAUUGGAAAAGGGAUGGGAAAGACAUGGAAACUACUGUUACAAUAUUAAUAAAACAGAAGUUUCAUUUGGAUCCCAGUGCAACCUUACAGUGAUGAACAGAUUUGAGCAAGAAUUUAUAAACAGUCUAAUUAGAAAAUACACCAAAGUUGAAGAAAAAUACUUCUGGACCGGUUUGCAGGAUAUUAGCCAAUCAGGAAUAUAUUCCUGGGGUACAGUGAAUGGAGAAAAAGCUGAAGCCGUGACAUACACUAACUGGAAUUCCUUGCAACCAGAGUUUUCUGGAGGAUGUGUGGCCAUGUCCAGUGGAAGUUCUCUUGGAAAGUGGGAAACUAAGGACUGUAAAACCACUAAAGCAUUUUCUAUCUGCAAAAAAUAUAUUGGGCUGCCCAAGGAGCCGGAAGUGCUCCCAAAGCCAACUGAUCCCUGUCCACCUGGGUGGCACAAUGGAUCCGGCCUUGCCUGCUACAAGUUCUUCCACAGUGAAAGAGUGCUGCGAACCAGGACCUGGGAAGAGGCAGAAAGGUUCUGUGAAGCACUCGGAGGCCAUCUGCCUAGCUUUAGUCACUCAGAAGAAAUCAAGGCACUUCAUUCUAUUCUGAGAAAAAUGAUCAGCAAUGACAGAUGGGUAUGGAUUGGAAUGAAUAAGAGGAGUCCAGAUUCUUUGGGAACCUGGCAAUGGAGUGACGAUACACCCGUAACUACUGUUAUACCACUUGACUAUCUGGAAGAUGAAUAUGAUACAAGAGACUGUGCUGCAUUAAAGACCUCUCAGUUUUCACGGAGGUCAUUUUGGAGAUAUUAUUUCCAUGAAGGCAGAGACCUGGAAUUUUACUUCAGGCCUUUUGAUUGUGAAGCUAAACUUGAAUGGGUCUGCCAGAUAACAAAAGGUAGCACUCCAAAGACUCCUGAGUGGUAUAUACCAGAUGAAAUUGGAAUUCAUGGAGCCCCACUUGUUGUUGAUGGAGCAGAGCUGUGGUUUGUACCAGAUAAAAACCUGAGCUACCAGGAAGCUAUUUUCUACUGUCAAAAAAAUGAUAGUGAUUUAGCCUCUGUGGAUUCUUACCCAAAACUCAGGACAGUACUGUCUCAAAUAGAAAAGUUAUCAAACAGCGAACAGAAGUGGUGGCUGAAGUUUAUCGAUUAUGGCUACAGCUAUCAUUCACCUUUACAGUUCUUUUCGCGCUUCCAUGACCGAUUCCUGAGAGAUUGCUGGUAUGUUUCUAGAAAAAACUGGCAUAGAGACUACCCAAUUAGCUGUAAUGUGAAACUGCCCUUCAUCUGUGAAAGAAAUAAUGCCUCCUUACUAGAGAAACAUGAUCCCAGUUACCGCCCAGUCGGAGGAGGUUGCCCUAGUGACUGGCAUCAGUUCCGGAAUAAGUGUUUUCUAAAGAUGAAACCUGAAUAUUUAACAUUUAAUAGAGCUAAUGAAAAGUGUGUAACAUUUGGAGGUUCUCUUCCAUCUAUCUCGGAUCAAGCUGAGCAAGAUUUUAUAACAUCCUUGCUUCCUGGUAUGCCAAAAGAUAUUUGGAUUGGUUUACAGUUUCUGUUCAGCACAAGAGAAAACAAGUGGAUAGAUGGGAGUAGAUUGUUGUAUAGUAACUUUCACCCACUCCUUACAGGAAGGUUAUGGAAAAUUCCACUGGAUCUUUUUGAUGAAGAAUUUAACAAUCAGUGUGGUGUAAUCCUCAAUGAUCCCAAAUCACAGUAUGUUGGAACAUGGAAUUUCACUGCUUGUGCUGACAGGCACUUCUUGGGUAUAUGCCAGCGGCCUAUAGGUAUAGGAACUGCUGAUAACCAGACAGAGCACGUCAUUAAUGAAACAUUGAGCUAUGAAAAUGUUCAAUACAUGUUAAUUCUGAAGAAUUUGACCUGGAACGCUGCACUGGCUGAAUGCAUAAAUAACAAGAUGCAGCUGGUUAGCAUCACAGAUCAGUUCCAGCAGGCUUUUCUUGCUGUUCAGGCUGCCCUUCGUAAUUACCCACUGUGGAUUGGACUCUUCAGCAGAGAUGGUGGAAAACAUUAUGGCUGGAUGGAUGGGAAACACGUUAGUUUCAGUCGCUGGUCUGAAGAUGUUGAAGAAACAAGUGAAGAAUGUGUGUUUUUGGACACUGAUGGCUUCUGGAGAACUUCUGACUGUGCCUCUGAAAAUCAAGGUGCUAUUUGCUAUGCAUCGGAAAAGGAGAUUGAAAAAGAACAAGCUACGCAAGUGAAGUGCCCACAUAAGAUUAAAAAUACACCCUGGGUAACAUUUAGAAACAAUUGUUACACUUUUAUGAUAACAAAAAAUAGAUGGAGAGAACUGAAAUCUCAAGAAGCUCAUCAUUUAUGCAGGAAAAUGAACUCAGAAGCAUUUGUUCUGAGUGUUAGAGAUGAAGAGGAGAAUGUCUUUGUUACUGAGCAGCUUCGUUCGUUCAGUGGUUUGGCUACGUGGGUCUGGCUCGGUGUGAUUUAUGAUGACAGUGAUAAAGUUCUCAAGUGGUAUGAUGAAACUCAUCUGACUUACAAUAACUGGAGGCUUGGAAGACCUGACAUAAAGAAGAACAGUUUUUUUGCUGGUGUAAAUCUUGAUGGGUUUUGGGAUAUUUAUAAUUAUUCCCAAAGUUGGCAUGCUAAUCACUAUAACAUGUACAGUAUUCUCGCCUGUAAAAUCGAAAGAGAACCCCCACAGCACAAGCUUCCAUUGCCUGAGUCUGUUCCACAUGGAGACAGAAUGUACAGGAUCCUUCAGAAAAAAUUAACAUGGUAUGAGGCACUGAGAGCAUGCCAGCAAAACAGGAGUGAUUUAGCAAGUGUUCACAGUGAAUCACAACAGUUAUUUCUAGAAGAUAUUGUCAGACAGGAUGGUUAUCCUCUGUGGCUUGGGUUGUCAAUUCAUGAUGGAAGUGAAGCUAAUUUUGAAUGGUCAGAUGGAAGUGACUUUGACUACUAUCCCUGGGAAUUAGAAAACUCAAAUACUACUGAGAACUGCAUUAUUUUGGAUACUAAAGGGUCUUGGAACCGUACAAAAUGUACAAAUAUUGCUGAAGGUGCCAUUUGCUACAGCCCUACAAACCGUAAACAAUUACAGCCAAAGCAAGUGAGCAGAGCCCCAGGAUGCCCACAGAGCAGUGGCACCCUGCAGUGGGUACAGUAUAAGGAUCACUGUUACGCAUUUGACAUGGCGUUCUACAAUUUUUCAAUAUACAAUGUGGAAGAAGCUAAGAGAGUCUGCCAGAAACUGGAUCCUUCAGCAACCCUUCUGACUAUAGUAAAUGCUGAAGAAAACGCAUUUGUGAGCACACACAUAAAGGAACAUGUUCUCAUCACCAAGAACGUGUGGCUUGGCCUGGAUGAGAGCUCUAAGGGUCAGUCCCUGAGCUGGCUGGAUGGCUCAUCAGUUAAUUAUGUCAACUGGGAGAAUAAAACUGCAGAAGUCAAUGAAAAAUGCAGCGUUAUCCUGUCCACAACUGGCAUGUGGUCCAGAGUUGACUGCGAUCGUAGUCAAAGCAGAGUGGUUUGCAAAGCUCCUUUAGCUUCUAGUCACACUGGCAUGGCUGUAGCAUUUGCCCUGCUGAUUAUCUUAGUCUUCAUUGUUGGACUGGUAUGGUAUCUCUACAAAAAGAAGCGUCUUCACUGGAGUGCCUUCUCUUCUGUGCGCUACCAAAGAGGGAUGAAUGAUGAUGAAACUGAUGAUGUGUUCACAAAAGAUAGCUAUUGA